AUGAUACUGCCUAAUGGUCAGAGAGCUGGAUUUUUCAUUGGGGAUGCUGCUGGUGUAGGCAAAGGCAGACAGAUUGCCGGUGAUAACUUCGCUCGAGGAAGAACAAAGAGUAUUUGGUUCACAAUAUCAGCUGACCUUAUUGUUGAUACUAGAAGACUUGUAGAGUUAAACAUUGACAGAGGUAUGAGCUGGGACCAAGCUGUAGCAAGGGCAGACAACCACAGCCAGAAACAAGAUGGGUUUUAUAUCUCAAAGAGAGAUGUAUGGGGAAAGAAACUAUUCAUUCUAGCAACACAGAAGGAGAAUUCAUCUCACCUCUUCAGAAUUGCUAGACCUAACACUGGGUUAUCAUACUUUGAAGAGGAGAAAACAGAUUUGAUGCAGAGAUACUCUAGAAUAGAUCAAGCUGAUGCAGUUGGAAGCCGAUGUUACAGUCUACAUCUGCUGUGUGGAAGUAUUGUAACUUUUAUGAAUAUUCUUGAAACUACCCUGAAUAGGAAUGCUACAAAGUUAAAUCUCAGUAAAUCAGAAUCAUCACUAAGAGUUGUACGUGUAAAGUUGAAUGAUGAAGAACGUGUUGUAGGAAUACGAUUCCCACAGCUCCUCAUUCCAAAGGUGGAGACAGCAUUAAAGGAACAGAGAUUUAUUGAGGAAGUUCAGCAAUCUCAACCACAAAUGUCCCAGUACUUAUCUUCAAGUCAAAGAGCUUAUAAUGGACUCUCCCAAACAUUCCUGAUGUCACAGAUUAUGAAUCGACAAUCUCCCAAUGCGAGUGGACUCUUCCAAGGAAGCCAGUUAUCUCAGCAACUAAAUAGUACCCCUUCAUCACAAAAUGGACUAUCACAGUCUUCAUGAGUGACUCAGUUACUCAAUAACUCUUCUGAAA